CAAUCACCCUACCACGGAACUUCAUGUUCCACUACCAGGACGGGCAGCCGCCGCGCACCCCAGAGCCCGACGCGCAGGUAGACGAUAUGCAGCCGCCGCCGCCGCCACGACAAGUGCUCAAGGUCCGCCGACGCCGCACUACCUUCGUGCCAACUCAGAUAUUCAACGACCCGGAUGACGGCUUGCCCAUACCUACGAUAGAAGCACCGGAACUCCAUUCUGAUGUCUCAACAGAGCUUCCUACCUUGCAGCCUGCCAUCGACAACGACUAUCUGUCACCAGCAUUGACUUGGAGCCGGAUGCUUUCGCCUCCAAAGACGCCUGUGUCACAAAUGGGCAGUUUGAGCAGCUUUGAGGGUCUGCAGCACUGGUCCGAGUUGGACCAGGCCAGCCAGAGCGAGACUUCAAGCAGACCAACAUCCUCCUCGGGCUUCUCCGAUUCUUCCCAGUCUUCUUUCGACAGCUUCGAGUCGUUCCCUUCGCUCGGUGGAAGCUGCACCAGCUCCGAGGAUGAGAAGAUGGACCCGUUCUUUUCGCCUGCACCCAAGCAUACACCUAUGUUGAGCUCGCCCAUCGUAACCCAACAACGACAGCAGGCGAAGCUCAAGCUGAAGGCUAGCUUUACUGAGGAGAUGGACUACCACCUGUGGAUGACUUACAUGAAAUAUCUUCAGGACCCCACCGUGACUCCUUUCAAAGCUCUACCCACCACUGUGCCGCCGAACGGUGUAUGCCAUCGCGUCGCUCGUCUAGCAAGACAUACCUGGAAGGGUCCCCGAAAAUCGUCUGUUGUACCUGGUGUGCGUUCGGCUGCGCGUAUCCUUUCUCGCAGCGGUACUCCCACGAUUCCCGGCGGAAAAACAAGUGCGAAGGCGCCUGAGGUACCUGGCUAAGCAGAAGCCGACCCUCUCGGCCCACUACCAACGCUUGAUGCAUCGCUCGCCCUCGC